GCUUUCUCUCACGCUGUCUGUUAUUGGCUAACAACUGGCUGCUGCUCUGUUAUUCACUUCAAAACUGAAAAAGGCAACAAAUCGUUAUCAUAACACGGAUUUAUCAUAAAUGAGUCGGUCGACAGUUUUAAAUCCGAUUUAAAACCAUUUUUGAGGCGGGUGAAUGCGGAAAAGCUUGAGUGCGUGAAAACAUUUAUUUUUAGUAAACUAUGCUACCAGUGCUAGCUCUUUAGCCACUGUGUCGUUGGCUCCUCUUCAUGGCUUUCUACUGUUGAGUCUGCAGACACAUUAAUGCCAUCAGCCAGGAGUUCAGGUCCUAUCAUGAGCGGGGCGAGCUGUAAAGCUAACGGGGCCGUGUACCCCGCCUCAUCAGCGGUGAUGAACCCGGUGAAGAAGCCGAAGAUGGAGCAGAUCCAGGCCGACCAUGAGCUCUUCCUACAGGCCUUUGAAAAACCAACUCAGAUCUACAGAUUCCUCCGCACAAGAAACCUGAUUGCACCAAUAUUUUUGCAUAGAACUCUUACCUUCAUGUCUCACAGAAAUGGUCGAACAAAUGCCAGAAGAAAAACGUUCAAAGUGGACGACAUGCUAAAGACCGUGGAGAGGAUGAAGGGAGAACAGGAUUCUCCAAGCUUGUCUUCACAUCUACAGCUAACAUUCACCGGGUUCUUCCAUAAGGAUGAAAAGCCAUCUCAGAAUUCUGAAAACGAACAGAAUUCUGUGUCUUUAGAGGUGCUACUUGUUAAAGUCUGCCAUAAAAAACGAAAGGAUGUCAGUUGCCCCAUUAAGCAAGUGCCUACAGGUAAAAAGCAGGUGCCUUUAAAUCCCGACUCUAACCAAACCAAGCCUGGCUCCUGCCCUUCCUUACUCGUCCCCAGCAGUGAGUUUGAGCCCAGCAACAGCCACAUGGUGAAGUCCUACUCGCUCCUCUUUAGGAUCUUACGCACUGGCAGGACGGAGCCCAGCGGGCUGGUCAACGGGGAAGCCAACGAGAACAUCGAUGUAACAGAUACUCCCAGUAGAAGAAAGAGAAAUUCAUCCCACAGAGAGGAGGAAGAGACCACGGACACUUACAUCGCUCAGAUGGCCGUCUUUGAUAAGAACAGGAGACUGCAGCUGCUAGACGGGGAGUAUGAGGUGUCCAUGCAGAGGAUAGAGGAGAGUCCCGUGAGCAAGAAACGAGCCACGUGGGAAACUAUUCUGGAUGGGAAGAGACUUCCACCAUUUGAGGCGUUUUCUCAGGGACCCACGCUGCAGUUCACACUGCGCUGGACAGGCGACGCUCACGGGAAGUCCACCGCCCCCGUGGCCAAACCCCUGGCUACCCGCAACUCGGACAGCUUCACCCCAAUGGAGACCAGAACCAGCCACCACCGCGCCGCCCUCAUGACAGUGAAAGAGUCGGUCCGCUCAGACAUUCAGACGAGGAAAGAGCUGGUCCCAAGUGAGCCGCGGCAGAAGCUACGCAUUUUUUAUCAGUUCCUGUACAACAACAACACGCGGCAACAGACGGAGGCCAGAGAUGACCUCCACUGUCCCUGGUGUACCCUGAACUGCAGCAAACUCUACAGCCUGCUGAAACACCUCAAACUCUCACACUCACGCUUCAUCUUCAACUAUGUGCCUCACCCCAAAGGAGCGAGAAUAGACGUGUCUAUCAAUGAGUGCUACGACGGCUCUUACGUGGGAAACCCUCAGGACAUCCACAGCCAGCCCGGCUUUGCGUUCAGCCGCAACGGCCCCGUGAAGAGGACUGCCGUCACCCACGUACUGGUUUCCAGGCCCAAGAGGACCAAACCAAGCCUGUCCGAGUUCCUGGAGUCUGAGGACGGCGAGCUAGAGCAGCAGAGGACGUACGUCAGCGGACACAACCGCCUGUACUUCCACAGUGACAGCUGCAUGCCCCUGCGGCCUCAGGAGAUGGAGGUGGACAGCGAGGACGAGAGGGAUCCAGAGUGGCUCAGAGAGAAGACGGCUACGCAAUUGGACGAGUUCACAGAUGUGAACGAAGGAGAGAAGGAGGUGAUGAAGCUGUGGAACCUUCAUGUCAUGAGUAACGGCUUUAUAUCAGACAACCAGAUGAAGCAGGCCAUCAUGCUUUUUGUGGAAAACGACGGCGCUCACAUCAUUCGCCGCAACCUCUGCCGCAACUUCCUCCUGCACCUGGUGAGCAUGCACGACUUCAACCUGGUGAGCACGGCCACCAUCGACUGCGUCAUGGGACGCCUGCGAGAGAUCCAGGACGAGCUGCCGGACGUGGAGGAGGACCAGCCGGAUCAGACUGCGGGAUCGGCAGCAGCGUGCAACGGCGGCGCCGUCGCAUCCAGCGGGGCGAAGCAAGGCAAGAGGACAAAAAGCGCGUUGAUGGACUGACGUGAGGCGGUGGGAUGGGAGCGGUGAUCAGUGCGGUUGUUAGUUUUCUCCUUACUGGUGCUUAGGUAGGUGGAGCGACUGGGAGCUGACCAGUACACAAGCUGAACUGGUUUCUAAAAACACGCAGAGCAAGCCAAAUAUGAACAAUAAUCAGAACACACACUCAGAUCAGGAGUCUGGGGAAUGGAUGAUGGAAGUAAUCCCACCUUCACGCAUUUCACCGAAGCCGCUGGAGUGGGCGGAUGAGCAGGGUGGAUCCUGAUGUGGCUGGACUAACCAACAGCUUGUUGCUAUUGGCGACCGUAAGAGGACCACAGUUAAAACUGUCUCUGUCCAGUUUGUUCACCGAUUAAUCAAGUUUGAGACUCUUAGCUGAUUAUUUUAGCACUUCUUCUGGUAUCUAGAAUGUUUUUAAAGGAGAAUUGUGUCGCGUCCUACAUCGAGAAGUUCUACUUUGAAAUGUGAGGCGUUUAAUUUAAAGAGCCGUGCAGGAGAGGGGAGUCAUGUAUGUAUGUAUAAACCCAGAGUGAUCAGCGGUCACAGCUGUAGUGCUUUCGAGUCUUCAUCCUGGACCGGAGGGGAAACCCAGGUCACUCCCUAACCCGUCUGCAUCGACGCGACUUCGAAUCAAACACCAGGGGAAUGAUUUGACUUGUCCUAAAACCAGCAGCACAUCUCUCUGGUAGGAUGAUAAUUAAAGGCAGCAGCUUCUUUUUAAAGGAAAAGUUUGUUUUUUUAAAGAGUUAUCAGUAUUAAUAGGUGAAAAAAAUAAAUGUGUAUUCAUGUAAUCACAUUAACUGUUUAGGUGUUAAGUAACCAACUAGUCUGUUUAUUAGACAUGGGUUCAGGUCAGAUCUCUGUUUCAUGCCAAAGGGGAGUCUUCACCAAUCUCUUAGCUGUCUGCAUCUCUUUGUUCCUCCAUAACUGUUUUUGUUUGUUUUCUCCGUAGUCGGGUUUUAUUGUUCAAAUACAAACUGGUUUGAAACCGAUUCCCUUAGUUUACGACUGCAUUACCAGUACAGGUUUCCUCUCUUCACUGGUUUUAAUGAGGUUAAAGGGAGACAUCAUCAACAUUAUUGUCAACAUUUGUGAAGUACACAAACGCAAAUGAGGUGUUUUUUAUAUUUAAAGAAAUAAAAUACACUUUCCCUUA